UAUCGGAUCCGAAAUUCUGAUCCCGGAUUCGUUUCUCUGCCUUAAAGAAAAACCCUACGUGAGCAGCGCCAGUUCUUCUGGGUCUUCCUCAUUUGCGAAACGGAGAGAGAGACCUCGGGUUUCGUGAGUUUGAAUCAUCGUCUUCUUAAUGGAUCCACCUUGAUCAAUCGUUGAUCGUCCUCCCGAAGAUGUCGAAUCACUCCAGAGAUGAGCCCAGCACCGCCCCAAAGACAGAUCAAUGGUAUGAUCUGGUCCUGGGUUCCUCUGCCAAGGAUGAUUCCUCCCAUAAGUUCUGCACUUUGCGAUAUGAAUUCAAGCCGGCUUCUAUUGACAAGAAAAGGUCAGGAACUCUGCACAAGAAGAAGGAUAACAGAGUUUCAGUUGAGUUCCAAAAUAACCAACCUGGUAAACCCAAGGUGACAUUUGACGGAAGCAGCGAGGAUUACAAAGAAAACGACGCGGUGCUGUUUUUCGACGGGGAGAAAUUCCGUUUAGAGAGGCUGCAUCGGGCUGUGAAGCAGCUGCGACAUCUUAGGACACCUGGUGAAUCUGCUGCGGCUUCUCAGGCUGGUUCUUUGCCUGUGGAGCAUCGGUUAUCUCCUGUUGGUCGUGCUGCCAAAUCUCCACAAGUGAAUAGAAGCUUUCUUCCGGAUGUGCCUCUGCAGGUUGAGGUGGAAAGAAUCGAAAUUGGCAAGCCAGAGAACUCAGCUGAACCUGUUAUCCCUGAACCUACCGUCUCACCCGUGGAGGAGAAGAACGAUGAUGGAGAAGAAGAACAUCGCGAGAUUGAUAUGGUUGACAUAUUUGGCUCGUUUACACCAGAGAACGAGAAUGCAGACAAUGCACACAAUGCAGACAAUGCGAAUGCUGAUGGUGGAGAAUAUGUGGAGAGCUUAAGCAAGCAACCUAGCAUCAUGGAAGAGGAGAUUGCUGAUGUGGAUGAUGAUAGCGGCGAUGAAGGAGAAAAGGGUCUUAACGCAGCGGAAGCGCUAAGAGCGCAAGUGAACGCAGAGGUACAAAAACGUCAAAGCUCAAGCUCAAGCAGUAGCAGUGGAAGCAGCAGUGGUAGCAGCAGCGGAAGUGACAGUGAUGGUCGGAGCAAAAGCAUAAGCAGCGGAAGUAGUAGCCGUGGAAGCGGAGGGAGUGACGAUGAAGACGAAGUCAACUCCGUGUAACAACAACAACAGUUCCAAGUUCCAACAAUCAUAUGUCAACAAUAUUUCCAAAUUUAAGACGUUGUGUCCGAAUAAUUGCUUUGAAGAUCCGAAAGGGUAAAUUUUUACUUACUAAGAAUGAACUAGCAAAAUAUAAAUGAUAUGGUCCUAGUUUCUAUU